UGUCGAAAAAGAAAAUUUUUUACACACAACAGUUAGACCUAUAUAAGUCUCUGAUACAGUAAACAAGUGCAGAAAAUUAAUGAUGACUGACACUAGACUAAAAGGUAAAACUUCCCAACCAGGGUGGGUCAGGUGACAGUCACGUGACUCAGACUAUGAUGUAAUGAAUAAAUUAGUCCGAGUCCCCCUCUUCCCCAUAUUCCUCCCCUCCCACAUCACUGUGGUGCAUUAGGAGUCGGCCCACCUCAGGGUUCUUCGCUGACAGAUCGUACGGCAGCUGCUUCUCGUUGUUACGAAUAUCCUUCCGAGCUCCUUUCUCCAGAAGCAUUGCAACUAUUGCAGCGUGGCCUUUCCAUGCUGCGUUGUGGAGCGGCGUAUCUCCCAACUUGUUCUGCGUCGACAUUAGACAGGUAGACAGACAGGAGAGUAAAGUGUGAGUAACAAUGAAGAAUCAAUAGACAAUGAUGCGUAAGAUGGUGUGUAAUACCCGAGCAUUUAGCUCCAGUCCUGGUAUCCUGAGCAGUGCCUGGGCACAAUCUGAUAUACACAGUACAGAAGAUGGUAAAUAGCUAGACAUGAGAGAGGUGGAAGGCUUACCAUCAUGACCACCGCUCGCUGCCCAGUGGAGAGCUGUUGAACCUGACUUGUCCAGACCAUUAGGAGAAACCCUGUUAGUAAGACAUUCCUGCAAGAAUGGCAGCUUACCUCUCUUAGCUGCCUCAUGCAGAGGGUUAUCAAUUGACUCUGUACUGCUCUCAAUGUAAUUGCAAGGAAUAAGCCCCUCUUUCUUCCCGCAGCGAGCUUUCCACCACCCAUCAUCUUGCUUCUCGAUGAUGUAGAGAGUGUCUCCCUCUUCAAAGGAAAGUUCGUCAAAGUUCUGUGCUGCGUAGGGGUAUACGGCCUUCACAACCUGAACGUGCCCCGGUUUCCUGGGCACCGGCUUGGGAGGAGGUCUCUUCGACAUGCUGGCGGCUCUCUCUUUCUCUGCUAUAUACCGGUUUACUGGCCUGUUACAAACUAAAGUCGAAAAAAGAAGAAGUGACCGUCAGCGCACGUGAUUUAACUCGCACACUCGCGAGGAGAACGAGGGCACCCUCGUUGACCGUGCACCGGGGAAAAUGGCGACUUGAAAACUCGUCCUUUCUCUCCCAGACAGCUAUAUUCCCAGCUCCACAGCGUCCCCUGAGACUGGAAAGGUAGCGUGGCACCUGGAAGGAGGCGCGCAGGCAUAGCAGUCAACUACUGGUAUCUCUGCGACACUGUGAGUGUAGUUUUCAGCGAGGAAGAAGGAGGGCGGUGUUGGCUCGCUCACUCGCCGGGCAGCAGAGACUGAGAGCAGGAAAUAUGGACAGAAUGGAGUCAGGGGAUGACGACGUGGCCAGCAGUGUGUUCUCCAUGUGUACAAGUGGAGAUGCGAAGUCCCUGAAAGCCCUCUACCUCCGGGAGCCCUACGUCACAUCAAUCAUACAACAGACCCAUAAAGGCGAGCCCAGCUCCAAGAGGAUCGCGGAGAAGACUCUGUAUGCCUCGGCUCUGCGGGGCCACUACGAGACAACUCAGUUUCUUCUGGAGAAAGGAGCUAAUCCUAAUGCCUCCACGGCGCUCGGCACGCCCAUUUACGCAGCUGUCAAAAGCGGUAGCCUGGAGAUGGUCAAACUCCUGAUAAAGUACGACGCAAACUACAGAAUAAAGGGAGGUUUCAGUCCCGUCUACAUUGCCUGCAUCGAAGGAAAACUCCCGAUCCUCAAAUACCUCGUCAACAUUGGAGCGGAUCUGUUCUCGUUUGACAACCCCCCGCUAGUCUUCACGGCGUGCUCCGCAGGGAAACUGGACGUUCUCAAUUACCUCAUGGAUGAGAUGGAUUACGACAUCCACCGCACCAUGCACGGCGAAGACGCUCUACGAACGGACGGAAGGGACACUCUGCUCUACACGGCUUGUCAGAGAGGGAAAACGGACGUGGCACAGUACCUGAUGUCCCAAGGAGCCUACAUCACGCAAACCAUCACCAACACAUUCCCUCAGAUCAUAAAGGCUCUACUGAGGGACAAGUUCCGAGCGGUUGGUAAACCGGACCCGAUCCAGUUGUACCAGGCGAGGCUGAAGGAGAUGGGGCUGGCGGAGAUUCCGUGGGGUGUGCUGGCCGACUACACCCCCUGCCUCACUCGCCUCGAGUUGAGGUCAAACUACCUGACCUCUCUCCCCGACAAGAUAUUCCAGCUCCCGGCUCUGAAGAACCUGGAUAUCUCUCACAACAGACUGCCGGAGGUGUGUCAGGAGGACGUGCUGUGGGAGUGCCGCAGUCUGACAGAUUUCGAUGCCUCUCACAACCAAAUCACCUACGUACCCAGCGGGCUGUUCCAAGUGCCUCAACUGACAAACGUACAACUCUCGUACAACCUUCUCUCCCAUCUCCCUGGUGACCCUGAUGACCCCAGCGCUCAAACCAGCACCGGUCUCCCAGCAGACAUCAAGUGGGUAUGUGAGAAGAUGAAACGACUGGACCUCUCCCACAAUCGUCUCCACAGCCUACCUGACACAUUCACCGACCUCCGGAGACUCAAUGUCCUCAUGCUCUCCCACAACUCCCUCAAAGAACUCCCUCCCUCCUGCUCCUGGGGGUGUAUCAACCUGGUCCAGUUGGACUGCACAAUGAACCAGCUGACAGAUCUACCAAUAGGGUGUGCCAAUAGCUGGAUGCAUUCUCUGGAGAGACUGCACCUGGCUCACAACCGGUUUAGCCAGAUCAGCAGGAAUAUCACGGAGCUGAUGCACCUGACUGUCCUCGAUCUCUCGCACAACCAGAUCUCCUCUCUACCUCCCACGUCCUGGUGGUCUGUCAGUCGACUGAUGAAACUCCAGCUGAGCCACAAUAGACUGGAGGUGCUGAGUCACAAGAACGACCAGGAGAAGGAGAGGGCAGCUUCUGAUAAUGACCGCAGAUCCACUGCAUUUAGAGUGUUUGAUGCCUUCAGAGGACGGCCCCAGCACCAGGCGGCCUCUCCGGAGCCCGCCUCCAGCGAGGCAGCCGACACUCAGCCUCGCGAGCUCCCCGCAGAGCUCUGGUCCUCCUCGCUGCAGAGCCUCUAUCUCCAUAGCAACAGACUCAAGUGGUUGCCAGGCUACCUGGGGAAGCUGGGAGCUCUUACCAGACUGGAUAUCAGCAGUAACCCAGAGCUGAAGACUCUUCCUCUCAGUCUCGGUCGACUGCACAACUGCUGGGAGCUGACUCUCCACGGCCUCACGCUCACAAACGUCCCCCACCACCUCCUCCCGGGGGUCAGAGGUGGCUCCGCCAAACGACUCCUUGCGUACCUCCGCGCACAGCUGCGUCACUGUGAACCGUACAACAGGAUGAAGCUGAUGGUGGUCGGUCUCCAGGGGAGAGGGAAGACGACUCUGCUCUCUGUGUUGCGAAAUCCGACGGCUCCGUUGCCAGACAACGUGUCGACGGUGGGUGUGGAGGUCGUGGAGUGGUCUCUGUCUCCUCCGGCACACGUUCUCCGAGGAGUCAGGAAGAACCAGCCGCUGCAGAGGCAUCAGAUGGACAUAGUGUUCUCGACGUGGGACCUUGCAGGUCAGGAGGUGUACUAUGCCACCCACCAGUGCUUUCUCUCUCGUAACACUCUCUAUCUGGUGGUGUGGAGCAUGGAGGAGGGGGAGAAAGGGAUUGAGUACCUGCGACCGUGGCUCCUCAACAUUCAGGCUAGGGCGCCCCAUUCUCCAGUCCUGAUAGUUGGCACCCACCUCGACAAGCUCCACUUCAACAGAGCCCAGGACCUGAAACAGAAGUACAAGGAGAAGAUCAAGAGUCUCUACGGAAAGGCCGGCUUCCCAAGCCUCUCUGCGAUAAUGUUUGUGGCGUCCACAACCCAGGAGGGUAUGAAGGAGUUGCAGGAGAGGAUCCACCAUGCCGCCAUAUCUGCCAUUGAUCACGACACCAGAGACCCCAUCAUCGGCAUGCAGGUCCCCGCCAGCUACAUCAACCUCCAGAGACUCAUCUCGGAGGAGGUGAGGAGCUGUCAUGAAAAGGGGAUUCCCCCUGUCCUCAGUCAGAAGGAGUUUGCAGCUCUGGCGGACCGCAUGCCUGACUCCGACAUAUCUGACCCCGAGGAACUCUCUCUUGCUGCCCAGUUUCUCCAUGACAAUGGUGUUCUCCUCCACUACAACGAUCAUCUCCGAGGUCUGAACAACCUCUACUUCAUCGACCCGGUCUGGCUCGCCGACCUCCUCGCAGAGGUCGUCACCGUACCCCAGCGACAGAACUUUGUCCACAACGGAAUCCUGAAGGAGUCAAACGUUGCCUUCAUCUUCCACGACAGCCGUCGGUUCCCCAGCAAGUAUUUCGCACAGUACCUCCAGCUUUUGGAGAGGUUUGAAAUUGCUCUGUCUCUUGGCAACAACCAGCGACUCAUUCCCAGCAUGCUCCCGAUGGAACGCCCGGCUAUAAACUUCACUGACCCCCCGACUCCCGAACCCCCAGCCGUCGAUGCUGAAGCCGUUAAAGUAACGCAGCGCAGCGCAAUACGAGCGACGCUCACCGGUAGCAAGCCGCCAGAGGACAACCUGCGAGUGAUGUCAGAUCCUGUGAACUGUAUCCGUCGACGCUACAAGAUGGCGUACACCCCCAGUGGGUUCUGGAGCCGGCUCAUUUCUCGUCUCAUCAUAAACCUGAGGAGGUCGGGUUUGAUGGAGGAGCAGGCUACGGUGACACAGAGCAGCAGCGCGCCAAUCAUCUACUGGAGGAGAGGGAUAGUGGUGAUCCACUCUGGAGGAAGGUUCAUUGUGGAGUCUAUUCAGACCGCUGGACAUCCAGCAGUGAUGGGUACGCAGGACAUGGAGGCCAGUGCCAAGUUCGUGGGGGAGGGGGUGGACCUGAACAUCGGUCUCCAGGGUGUCGACAUCACCGUGUGGUCGUUCAACGGAGAUUUCUCCGCCAUGGGUUACGUGGUCGACCAUCUUGACUCUCUCAUCGACGAGUGGUUCCCUGGUCUGAAUGACCUUGACGUGGAGGGAGAGUGGCUGGUGCAGAGACAGGUGCUGUGGAAGGUCCCUGGUGAGCUGCUGCAGAGCAGGCUGGCCACAAGAGCAGGUCUCGCAGGGAGCAAUGGAGUCUGUUUCCUGACGGGGAACAGGAGGAGUUGGUGACGUUCCAGGUUGACACCUGUGCAGCAGAGGCUCUAAUUGGAGAUACCAUCAUCUGUCGAGAGUACAACGUUCGUGUUCCUCUCCGCCAUCUCGUGCCGGACCUCCUCCUCACUGACCUGCCAGCCGACCUCCAGAUCGAUCAGUCACAGCUGGAGUACAACCCCAGGGACCCCGCCACUCGUCUCGGCCGUGGGGGAGCAGGGGCGGUGUACAAGGGAAAAUACCGAAGACAGAUAGUAGCAGUGAAGGAGUUCCUCACUGCAGAGCAGGCGGAGCACACGGGAGAGACUGAUAUGGUGCAGAGGUCGCUGGUCACUGAGGAAGACGUGAUCACGUCAGGGGAGGCCCUCUUCAUGUUCCGCGACCUUAGGCAAGAGGUCACGGUUCUUGCUCAGCUGGAUCAUCCCUACAUCGUGGCCCUACUCGGAGUGUCCAUCCACCCAAUGUGUAUGGUGAUAGAGCUGGCACCCAUGGGGAGCCUGUUUGGAAUACUGGACAAACAGGUUGAGCAGUUCCGGGCGGCCCAGGAGGACAGAGCGUCUGCACUUCUGAGGAUGCCGGGCGGAGUCCUUGGACAUGAGAUUUCCACGAGAACCGCUCUCCAAGUUGCGCUUGGCUCUGCGCUAUCUCCAUGGUCACGGGGUGGUGUACCGAGAUCUUAAGUCAGACAACGUUCUGGUCUGGUCUCUGGACCCCAAUGAUGUCAUCAACGUGAAGCUUGCCGACUACGGGAUCUCCCGGUUUGCCAACCCCGGCGGAGUAAAGGGGGAGGAGGGUACUCCGGGGUACCUCGCCCCCGAGGCCAUCCGUCGCCGUGGGGAGGACCAGGCAUUCGACGAGAAGGUUGACAUAUUCUCCUACUGCCAUGCUCCUGUUUGAGCUGCUGACUGGCCAGAGACCGUUCGAAUCACUCACCACUACUCAGGAACUCAACAAAGCUGUCUCCCAGGGCGACCGCCCGCUGGUUGCCGAGGGCAACCUAGACCCGGCGUUCCCUGGAAUGCUGGACCUGAUGUAUGACUGUUGGAAACAGUCUGCGAUGGAGAGACCCAGCGCCUCCGAGGUGGUUCUGAGAGUGUGUGAGCCGGGCUUCGUGUGUCGUAAGCACACCAUCACCAAAAGUAAGGACCACCCUCUCCAGAAGAUUGAUACCAUAUACGCCAGACCCAUCUUUGCCGACGAUUUGAAAAAGAGCUACCAGGUCUGGACCUGGGCUCGUCAGGACACUGAGAGGAAUUUCAGCAUCAUUGACGCGAGGAAGGGAGUGUACAAUCUUCCGGAGAAGAGUGCUCCAGGUGGGCGGGUGUACGCCAUGACGGCCACUGGAGAGGUCGAGAAGAGGAUUUGGAUCGGGACUUCGGACUGUGAGAUACAAGUGUACGGAUAUCGCAAUGUGGGAGACCCUCAGUGCCUCUGGACGUUCCUCAUGAAGGACUCUGUUCUCUCACUCAGUACUCAGCUGGAAGGAGGCAGGGUGAAGAGGGUGUUUGCAUCUCUGGCCAACGGUACCCUGUGUGUGUUCUCACGAACCAGCACCAGUCUAGACCCCGCCGCGGCAACCGUUCCCGUCGGCGACGCCAAACUCAUCCCCGAGGCCUGCACCAUCAAAUGCGAAGACGAGAAGUACAAACAGGAGGCAGAGGAUUGGGCUGACCCUCUCGUUUUGAAGCUUGACGAGCGAAACAAGUCGGCCAAGUGCAUGGUGUUUGUUGGUCGCGACAAGCUGUGGUGUGGCUGUGGAAACACCAUUACCGUCGUCGACAUCGUAAACAUGAUGGUAGAUCAUAACAUCCCAGUGUUCGUAAAGAGGAUGGCCCUGGUGAACGAGCUCGUUUCGAACGGAAUCAAGGUGUGGGGGGUCGGGCGGCAGCUGUCGUGUGUGAUGGAGUGGGACGUUGCCUCGUACAAGUUACUCCACGUUUUCAACUGCAGUGAGAUUGACCAAACUGGGACCAACGUACGGGCUGACCCCUCCCUGAUUGAAGACCUUAUUGACCCCACUCGCUCCACUGAUAAACCAACCGCUAACCCCUCCGCCUCUGUCGUGCCCGAAGUAAAAAUUGAGGAAACAGUGGAGGAAUCUUUCAACGUUCAUAAUGACCCUACCCCCACGUCGAGCCACGCCCCCUUUUCCACAAUGAGGACUCGACAGACGCUGCGAGUGGUGAAGUCUCGGCCUCGGAGAGCGGCGAUGACGAGCCAGCAGCCGUCUGCGUCGCCCAAAGCAGCAAGUCGCUCGCGUCUCCUCACAGCCAGGAACAGGGUCCUCCGUAAACAGCAGGGGUCGACUCGCACCACCUCUCUGGUUGUGGUUGAUAAGACACUGUGGGUGGGAAGAGGGAUGGGCGACGUUCUAGUCAUCGAUAUCACUGAGAACGAAGCGUCUCACGGUACGGUUCUGGCCAGGUUGACAGUUGAAGACAGCGAGAAAUACGGAAAUCGAUCUCAUCACAAGCUGCAGUGCGUUGCUGGAGAGUAUGUGGUGUCUUCGCAGUGGCUUGAACCAAUCGACUUGCGCCGCGGUAGCAACGCGCCACCUGCAGGAGAAGGAGGAGGGUUGCUAGGGCAACUGUCAGACACGCCCCUCGUAACACACCAGGCCAUCACCAUCUGGGAGGCGUGGAACCAGGAUGACAUCAGGCAGGUGACCAGGCGACGCGAUUCCAUUCUGGCCCAGGAAAUGAGGGAAGAGGAAUCAGACGGUGUGUGAAAAACUUUUUACCGUAGAACUGUUUAGCGUGAUAUGCCCGACUAAAAAUUUUAGAUUUUUGUAAAAUUUUUUUAUUACGCAGUACUUGUACGCAUGCGCGUAUCGUAACCGCACGCGGUGUGUGUGUACGAAGAUGGAGUACUUUGUUCUUGCUGCGGCUGUCUUUUGCCUGCGUCUGGCGGGCUCUGAGGAUCUCUACUGGAGACCCAACACUGACUGGAACAAUCGUAACAACUGGAAACUUGGGCGCGUGCCGUGCGAGGGAGAUGUAGCUGACUUCAGCUCCGUUCCUCGUGGGUCUGUGAUACGGCUGGACGGCCGUGCCACCAUACGCAGCGUGGUUCUGCCCGUAGGUAGCACCAUAGAGCUGGGCAAGUCACUCACACUUCAGUUCUCUAACACCACUUCUUGCAAGAUUGAAACUGCCAAUGGACCAAUGGUUGCUCCAGUUGAGGAAAACAACCUGUUUGUUGGCGCUGGGCCCAAAUACUGGGAACACUCCAAGAACUGGGAGACUGGCGAUGGGAAAUCUGCCACGUCCCCUCCUUGUGGGAAAGACAGAGCUCUCUUCAGGGAGGGUCACUACUACUGGACUGUGGAGUCCAACAUGUCUAACGUGUCAGUGCAGCAUCUGAAAGUGAGAGGAGAACUGGUCACAACUGAACUCAUCCCAAAAGUGGCUCCAGAGUUUAAACUAAAUCUGGUGGUCGACCCGCGAUGUGGCGAAGACCCUUCCCUCUGUCCCUGUCUGUUAGAGACCCAACCUCAGCCCUCGCCCGCAGCCGGAGGGAGGAAACGAGAGGGGAAUAAUUCUGGUCGAACGGCAGCCAUUGUCGUUGUCGUACUGAUCCUAAUCCUGCUGUUGGUCGGACUGACUGUACUACUAUUAGUCCUCUGGGGUUCAAUUCCAUGCAAGAACUCUAAAUAAAAGGUGACCUUAUUAGCUGUUAGAGGGUGUUUCUCUCCUACAGGCUGAGGUGGAGACGUGGACAGUUCUACAAGAAGGACAGUCCUCUUGGAGAACCUGAGGAUAGUCUCAACAGCCCUACUGCCCGUGCGGUGUCUGCCGGAGAUGGUGUAUUGUUGUUUGACAACCCAAUAUACGAAACGGAAGGAGUUGCAAGGAAGAAAGGGGUUAAAGGCUCGCCCGACAAAGCAGAUACUAGAGCCCACGAAAUGGAAAAUAUCGCAAUUUUGAGGCCAUCAGCGAGCCACUAUGAACCUGUCGAUUUUUCCGAGGACACUAGCUCAGCCUCCAGGCCAGAGAAGAAGACUCCGAUUCUUGAUGAAUACGAGCGCUUGUAGCUCACUUUCUCUCGGAAAGUGAACAUUUUGAACACAAGAACUGAAAAACUUUGCUUUACCGUAAAACAUGUAUGAGAAUAGCAUGUAUGAGAUAUAGUAGCACACGGUAUAUAUUAUUUGUAUGAUACAAAAAUUGAGAAGCUAAAAAUUUCCUGGUUCAUUUGGUGAGUGGUGUUGGUGAGGUGGGCGAGGUGUUGGUGAAGGUAGUAGGGCUGGAAGGGAGGGUGGUGGUGGUGUACGUGUGGAUCUCAACACUUCCCUCAUCGAGGAGCG